AGGGGUGAGGUGACGGUGACGGGGGUGAGUAGCAGACAAACAGAAACAGUCGGCUGCACAGUACAUCUGUUUGAGUUGCGUGGGUGCAAAAGAUUGCCGUUUUGCUAAUCUGCCGGCGUUUAACAACAGUGUCAAGAAUGACCUUGAAGACAGGUUGUCAUCGUUUGAUGUACACUCUCACGCACCAGUCAAGUAUGCUAGGCUUUCGGUCACGAGGGCAUUUACUCCUGAGUAGGUUAGGUAAUCUGGAUUCCAAAACAAGUAGCACGUCUUGCUCUUGGUUCUCCACCGGUUCCGCUCUCAACAUGCGGCUUGUACAGUUCACCGAUCUCCAAGGUGGUCCGCAGAAGUUGGGUGUUCAACCUCAGCAAGAUGGUGAAAUAACUGACAUAAGCAGUGGAAGUGGCAAGAUCCCUAAUGACCUGAUCAAGUUAAUUCAAGGUGGACCUGAACUUUGGGCGGAGGCAGAGAAAGCUGCAGCCAAAUCGAGUAUCAAAGCUCAGGCUAAAGAUGUCAAGUUAUUAGCUCCUUUGACAGCACCUGGCAAGGUAAUCUGUGUCGGACUGAACUACCGAUGCCAUUGUAAUGAACAGCACAUCGAACCUCCACAUGAACCUAUGUUCUUCUCCAAGUUUGCCAGCUGCAUUGUAGGACCAACCGAUAAUGUUGUUUUGCCUACAGUCUCUACUAAAGUUGACUGGGAAGUAGAAAUGGUCGUGGUGAUUGGGAAGCAGUGUAGAAAUCUGAAGCCAGAAAACACAAUGGAAAAUGUGUUUGGAUAUACUAUUGCUCAGGAUAUAUCUGCACGUGAUUGGCAAAAGGGUCGUAAUGGUGGCCAGUGGCUACUUGGAAAGAGCAUGGACACAUUUUGCCCAUUGGGCCCAGCUGUAGUUACAGCUGGAGAUUUCCCCAAGGGACCUCAUGUACUUCCUCUAUCAUGCUCAAUAAAUGGAGUCAAAAAACAAGACAGUAAUACAGAUCAACUAAUUCACCAAGUUGACUACAUUAUCUCUCAUCUUUCACACUUAUUUGCACUUCUACCAGGUGACAUAAUUCUCACGGGAACUCCAGCUGGUGUUGGGGUAUUUAGAAACCCUAGAGAAUUUCUGAAGCCUGGAGAUGUUAUUGACAGUGAAAUUGUCGGAAUUGGAAAAAUGCGCAAUCCAGUAGUUGCCCCUCAGUGAAUUGCAAUUUAGUGCUCAAACAUAUAUAUUCAUUAUCUCACUGGAGCUGUGAAUGAGCUUUUGUUGUACAAAUUGCGUUUAGAAGGGAUGUUGUUGACUGUACCUAAAACACUUAAUGUUAAGUUUUGCAUCAAAGCAUAGUUUGAUGAUAGUUAAAUUUCUUUUAGAUUGUUGUGCGCAUUUUAAAAUUGCAACUGUCGGUUUAUGUUUGUUUUGUUUUUUUUGUGUUGAAUAAUAAUGAACAUACCUGUUAAGAAUUUCAAGAAAAUUUAGUUCUACUUAAUUGUUUAAAAAAUUGGUCAUGGUAUUUCAGGCAAGAGGAUACAUACUAUUUAGAACCAAAGGUGACUUUCAAAUUACUUAUCAUUAAGUAUGGAACAAUAUUAAUACUAUUGCUAAUGACCAAAUAACCGUAUUUGCUGCAAAUCUCAUUGAAUGGACAGAUCAAGGCAGUUGUGUGUAUGCGAAUGAUAGUGGCUUUAUUAUAACAUUUAACACACAUUCUCUCCAUAUGUGAAUUGUUGAGCACAAUAGUUGCUGUUGCUGGACACAUCAAGGAACUUUUAUUAUUUUUCGCUUUGUUUUAACAUCAGUUUUCUUCAAAGAUUUAGAAAGAUCAGGUCUCAGGCCAUAUUGUUUACAGUGGUAUGUGACUGGCAUGAUCCCAGUCUGCAAUGAUCAAUUAAUAUAAUGCCAAUUUCAUGUAAAUUCGUCAAAACAUAUAUCAAAUUUGGGGCCACAUUUUCACCAAAUUGACAGUUUUUUGAUUGAUCAUUGCAGACGGGGGAUAUGUAGCAGAAUUCAGGGUCAGGUUAUGCUUUUGGAAAUGUGUUGACUUUUCACGAGUUUAUACAAAAUAGCUGAGGGCGCGGGCCAGUUAAAGCGAGUGGGACAGCGGAUGACAGUAAUUAUGAACCGGACGCCGGAUGUUUAUGUAGGAUGACGCACGUUAGAUAUUCGUUAUCCAUACCGACCGAGUCCUGAAAGUAUCAAUUUUAGACUAGCACCCCCGCAUUUUUUCGGAAAAUGUGUGUUACUAGAAACCCCCGUCCCGGUCGACUGACUCCUCACAAAAACAUUCAAGUCCUACGACGUCACGUCUAGGGUGGGCCGACUGCCCCACACAGCUGCUUGGCGGGCUAGUCUACCCCGCGCUUUGCAGGCGCUAUCUCUAGCGUAUUGUUCUCUUGCCGUCUCUUGCCCAGGAGACUUGUGAGUGGACGAAACCGAAAGACGCCGUACGUUACCUAGCAUCGCUUCGGUUAGGCUGUGGUAAAAAAACAAAACAAAAAAAAAAACACUCGGUGACUCUUGCUAUGGCCCUACCACUUGCUAAACUUUUAAAGGUUGUGGAGGAAUAUGUUAAGUAUACUUUUUGAGGAGUUGGGUAGUAAAUGCAUAACUAGCUUCUUUUUAUUUUGCCGGUAUGUAGGUAGAGUUUGAGACAGUGUGUUCUUAUUGUAGGAAUGGUUGUGUAUUGAUGAAGAAACUACUGAAGAGUCUGAUCUGUGUCUAGAAUCUUAGAUUUGCCGGGCUGAUGGUUGAUUUGUAAACCAAGAAGCAGUAUUGUUUUGCUUUCAGCCUUUUGUAUGUGGGGCAAUAAUAUGACCAGUAUGAGUAAUUCAGAAAUAUUGCAGUUUUACACCAGUUGACUUUUAUUUUUUGAAAUAGCUAUUCAUAACUUUGUCAGUUUUUGAAUGUUUGCUGUUAUAACCAUGUCCAUUGUGAACUGUGUUAAAGAUUUCUUUUAUUAAAUAAGUAUUGGUGUUGAUAUGAAAUGACACCUUGUAGUGUGCCUUUAGUUUGGUUAACUUUGACUAUAUUUUUAAAGUUUAUUUUCUUUCAAUGAUAUAUGAUAAAGUUAAGAUUAUCGUUUUCUCUGCUUUUGUCCUGUUACAGACUGAUCAAAUCAUGUCUGACGUGUACGAGUACUUUUUAAAAUUCCAUCAUUGUGAUACAUGAAGACUGGUUUAUUAAAACCAUGCCUGUACUUAUUUUUAUUCUUUGGCUGGGCGUUGCCCCUGUCACGCCGUCACACACACAUCAUAGCCGCAGCAGGUUUUCAAUUCACCCUUGUGAGACCAAACUAUGUCUUCCACAUUAAAAAUAAAGAUUUAUCGAUAUCCGA